CGGCAGAAUUGAGUUCGUGCAUGGCGUCCUUGGACAUCGUAACAGAGAUAAUUUGCUGAUUACCGUCACAAGUGAAGCUUCUUUCCCAUCGUCCAGCUCUACACUUGAAAAUCAAGAAUGGGUACGCGGGUGUUCGUGGGAGGCCUAACCUACCGAGUUAGGGAACGAGACUUGGAGAGGUUCUUCAGGAAAUAUGGCAGAAUAAAGGAGAUUGCCAUGAAAAAUGGAUUCGCCUUUGUGGAAUUUGACGACCACAGAGAUGCUGAUGAUGCUGUGUAUGAACUCAACGGAAAGGAGCUGUUGGGAGAACGAGUAUCUGUAGAGAGGGCGCGUGGAACGCCGAGAGGUAGCGACAUCUGGAGAGGGAGCGGGACCGGGAGCGGGAGCGGCCGGAGUCUUGGCCCGCCCCCUGUCUCCUCGGGAGGGCGAAGCCGGGGUCGAGAUAACGAUCACCGGAUGUCCGACAGAUAUGGUCCCCCAACAAGAACAGAAUACCGUCUUACUGUGGAGAAUCUUUCUAGCAGGGUCAGCUGGCAGGACCUCAAGGAUUACAUGCGUCAAGCUGGUGAAGUUACUUAUGCUGAUGCCCACAAGCAGCGUAGGAAUGAGGGUGUGGUGGAGUUUGCUUCAUAUUCUGAUAUGAAGACAGCUAUUGAGAAAUUGGAUGACACAGAACUGAAUGGAAGAAGAAUUCGCCUGAUUGAAGAUCGCCGAAGCCGCCGCAGGACAAGAUCAUCAUCAUCCCGCUCAAGGUCACGCUCUAGGUCCAGAUCUAGGAGGAAUUCUCGAUCCAGGUCUAGGUCUCGCAGUCGGCGCAGCUCACGUAGCAGGUCCAAGUCCAAGUCUGCUUCUCGUUCAAAGUCUCGUUCCCGAUCAAAAUCCAGGGGACGUUCUAAGUCAAAGUCCCGCUCUAGAUCUCGCUCUCGCUCUGCUAGAUCUGCCCAUUCCCGGUCGAGGUCUCGCUCCCGCUCCCCUGUUAAGGACAGAAAGUCCAGGUCUCAUUCCAAGUCCCAGUCCAAGGCUAAAUCAUUAUCCAAGGAACGAGAUCGUUCACAUUCUCGAUCAGUGAGCAAAGGCAGAUCCAAGUCUCGCAGCAUGACUCCCAAGGAUAAUGGUGAUAAGUCUCCUGAAGAUGUGAAGAAGGAAGAAGAUUAAACUUUUUUUCACUUUUCCACAUGUUUUUCAUUUUAUUCAAUAAUUACUUUCUGACUUACUGACAGUUGAUUAAAUCAAUUUUGACUAUAUUCCAAACGACUUCUUUCUAAAUGGUUUUGUCUAGUAUGUAAUUUGGUUUUCCAUAUGAAAGGUUCAGGUGGUACGUGUGUAUUUUAGUGUACAAAAAUCAUUGUCCAUUUCUAUUGAAUCUAGAUCUUGCCAUUCCUGAUAUGAAUGUGGAACUUUAGACUUUGUAGAGAAUGCAUUUUGGGGUUUAAAGUAAAGCCUCGGUUUCUUCCAGAGCAUACCUGAUUGGAGCAGUAGCUGUAUGUGUUAUGCGGUCAGACAUUCUUUAAAAUCAUUUUAAUUGACAGUGUUGAACUUUUUUUUUUAUCAUGAGUCAUGUGUUCUCAUGCUUUUAUUGUGAAUGCUUGUAAGUAGUGCAUUUUGUUGUUUGGCCCUUUAUCCUGGGUACACAGUAAAUCAGAUUUAUUAUGUACAUGACACAUUGACUUUGGAAAUAAAAGCUUUACUCCUUACUA